AUGCGUGUUGCUGAGGGGUUGCUUAAUCGCAAAAGCAAGUCAGCACCAGCAGCAGGGGAUCUUGAGAAACUAACAUCGCACCGAUUCUGGCAGAGAGAUGUCCUGCGCUUGGGUCGUUUCCUAUGCCAACCAGAGACAAUCAAAUACAUCCUUGGAAUGGAGGCCAGGUUCUUGUGUAAGGACCUAUCGAACGAUGAAAAAGUGGAGCUAGCGUCAGCUAAGGGGGAAUCGAGCUACCCGGAUAAGGUUAGAGCGCACGGAGAAGAAAUGAGCACCGACUUUGCGGUCAUGCAAUUGCCUUCGUCCAAAGACGAUAAGCUGUUGGAUACUGCCGAACUUUCCAAAUUGCAGAGAGCACGCGCGAUGAACGAUGGACAAGCUGAACAGCAGAAGACUGUAGAGAGACGCAAAAGCAAGGACCUCAACCAAUUGACCAUACUGUAUGGAAAGAAGAACCUACCGGAGGUCACUGCGCGCCGCGAUGACUGGGAAGAAAUGGACAGCACGUAUUGCAACGCGUUUCUCGCAUGGAACAAGGCUAGUAAGGGGGAAGCAAGUAAUGAGUAA